AUGUGCAUGAGAGUUGUUGAGCGUUACGCAGUUUGCAAGUGCGUCUACUUCACUCACGGAGUCGACCAAUGCGGAGCUUAUGGCCGCCGCGGACACAUGGAGGUUCAUAUAGCCACCAGCACUCAAAUCGGAGUUCUUGCAGUGGAUCUUCCUCCUCAUCAUCAUCACGGAGCAGUGGUUCAAGACCCGAGGUCGGGUUUCCAUACAGCUCCGGCGAUGCCCGCAUCUUCCGCCGGUGAACGGUCCAAUUCCCAGCAACAGCAACAGCAGCAGCAGCAGAGCAGAGAGGCUCCUGCGGGGCCAGCGAUUGAAGCACUGCAGCAGCGGCAAGAGGCGGCGCGCUUGGGGAGGAAGCAGGAAGAUGAGGGGAGGACUAGGAGGGGGCUUCUGUUGACGGAAGGGAAUAUCACAUUUUACUGGAGAAACUACGCAUAA